GGAAUGUCCCCCUUUCUCUUAAACCAGCUGAGAUGAAAUUGAACAAAAAGGGUGACGGAGUGAAGAAAAUUAAGAGAAUGAAGAAAGUCCUCAGAAAAAGAAAAGACUGAGUACAGUCUUCAAGAGAGAAACCAAGCCAGCUGUAUGAACCUUGAACCUCGAGAUAAUGACCAUUUUCUCUACUGUGGAGAAUGCAACAAGGAGUUUGAAGGGGACUGCCCUGUCCAUGGACCCUAUACAUACAUACAGGACAAAGAGGUGCCAGAAGGGGAUCCCCUCAAAGCUGACCAUACCGUUCCCGAUUGCCUUGAAAUCAAAACGUCCAAAAUAGCUGGAGCUGGUCUCGGAGUAUUUUCUAAGGAGGGACUGGAAUGCAGGGUCAUGUUUGGACCGUAUGGGGGCGAUGUCAUUGCUGAAAAUCAGAAAUCAGGAUAUUGCUGGCAGGUAAAGAUCUAUAAGGAAGGCAAAGCGAGCCACUUUGUAGAUGCCCAGAACAAGGCCACCUCUAACUGGAUGAGAUACGUGAACUGUGCAAUGACGGAGGAAGAUCAGAACAUUGUAGCAUUCCAGUACAAAGAAGGCAUCUUUUUCUGCACAUUGAAGCCAGUUUCACUAGCUGUCUUGCCAUGGGCGUGGAGUGUAGUCUUCCUGAAUCUUCCCUCGGCGCCCAGCGCUCAAAACAUCUUCCACACCGACUGUGAUGGAAAUACUCUGCAUCCCACUUCGACCGGAAAGAUCCAUGCCUUCCAGCUUUUAUCUCUGCAUACAUAUGCCAGAUCCUGGUAUUUGGCUUUCUCCAGCUCAUAG